UUCACGAACCGCCGCUGUUCGAACGACAGCGCAAAUGUCAAAGCGCCAUCUUUGGCUUUACGUCGUAAAACAUAAAUUGUGAGGUUAUGUGUCACAAACUUAAGGAGCGAGAAUGUCGUUUCUAGAAUACUCCAAGGCUCUCACGAAAUCUUCCUCUAAAAAAGUCCACAAGUGUGCACUGUGCCCCUACUUCACCACAUCGUAUUUCCUCAUGGACAACCACGUUAAACGACACGAAUCCCCGCAAAGUUUUACCUGUACAAGAGACUCCGUUGAAUCCUAUUACUGCAAACAUUGUGGUUACCAAACCGAUCUGACGCUCCUUUUCAAACUUCACGUAAGCAAACACCACAACAUUCAAAAGGAGAAGACAGAAAAUCCCCAACAGUACUCGGUUCGAAAGUACAUUUGUGGAAACUGCCCGUUUGAGUGCCACUUCGUGAUGACCUGGCACCAACAUGCUUUUUCUUGCCACAAGACUAAAAAUAAUUUUGACGACGUAAAAGCCCGCUCCGAAGAAUCCGAACAUAAAACCAAAUUAUAUUACAAAAAAGUUAAAAAGCCGUAUGAAUGCAAACAGUGCCCGUUUAAAAGCAAUCGCAUAUCUUAUCUCAACAACCACGUGAUUAGACGCCAUUUAAAUGAAAACGAAAUCAAGUGGUUGGAAUGCAAACUUUGCCCUUAUAGAGGCAAAACAAAACCAGCUUUACACGAACACGUCAAAAGGCGACAUUUAAAACAAGGUUUGAAGUGGUACAAAUGCAAAAAUUGCCCUCAUAAAAGUCAAUCUAAAGGGGGUUUAAAUGACCACGUGAUUCGUCGGCAUGUAGAUGAAAACGAAAUUACGUGGUUUCAAUGCGGAGAUUGCCCUUAUAGAUCCAAAACAAAGUUCGGUUUAAAAAAGCACACCAGUGUGAAGCAUGUGGACGAAAAAGAUAUCAGGUGGUUUGAGUGUGAACAGUGCACGUUUAAAAGUAAAUAUAAAUUUUCGUUAAAUUGCCACGUGUUUUCGCGACACACGCACAAAUCGUACAAGUGUCAAUCCUGUCAUUACGAAGCUAGAACGAGAACCGAGUUAACGAAACAUACAAAAGGGGCGCACAUGGACAAAACAGUAGCCAGUUCUGAAAAGGCUCCGUGUAAAGAAAAGCCCUCUUCACCUUCAACCGGAAACAAUUUUCAUUUCAAAAAUCAAAUCAGUUCUCGAUUGAUGACAAUAUUAAGCAACAACAAAAGUGUCGAAUAAGUUUAAUUGUUAAUAAAAAUAAAUCUUGUUUCGACCCCAAUUCACGAACCACCGCUGUCGAAUGACAGGUGAAAACGUCAAACCUGCCAACGUAAUAACGUAAAAUAUUUGAGGUUAUGUUUGACGUUUUGUAUUUUGUAAGCAAAAACCAAAUAAUUCUUGCUACAAUUAACUUGUAUGAAUUUAGAUUCGAAAAUGUCGCCCCCUGAGCCCUUCAGCAACGUGAAAAUCCCUGAAAGAGUCCACAUCUGUAAAGUUUGUUCACACUUCUCGACUUCAUUUUUCUUCAUGGUGAACCACGUCCGACAGCACAGUUCGCUCUCACGAUUCAACUGUGAAACCACCACAACUGAGUCUUAUCGCUGCAAAGACUGCAAUUUCCAAACCGAACUGAGCCUCCUCUUCAAACUGCACGUCGAUCACCACCACAACAUCGCAAAACCCAAAGAAUACACCACUCGGAAAUACAGUUGUGAAAAGUGCGCUUUUGAAACUCACUUCGCGCUGAAAUGGCUCCAACACACUGUACAGUGCCCCCGCAACGAAGCCCCACGCCCGAAAAAGCAAAACCUUUCCAAGUGGUUCUGUGACCACUGCGAAGGCAAAUACAAGGACGAAUACUCUUUAAAAAUCCACAAAAUCGCCAAACACUUAAACGACAAGAUAACUUGGUACUUGUGCGAAAAAUGCCCCUACAAGACCAAACUAGACUCGAAUUUACGAAAACACAUGAAAGCGCGCCACUUAUACCCACAAGAAAUCAAGUGGCAUCAGUGUAAAACGUGCCCAUACAAAACUAAACGUAGCUCAAAUUUGAACAAGCACAUAAUUGCGCGGCAUUUAGAGACUCAGGACAUAGUAUGGUACGAAUGCAAAAAGUGCCCCUAUAAAACCAAGUUCAAGUCGUCUUUAACCGUUCACAUAAACGGGCUACACCUCGACGAACAAGACGUUAAAUGGUACGAAUGCAAAAGUUGUCCGUACAAAACGAAACGAAAAUGCCAUUUAAAAACUCACACGAUCGCGCGGCAUACCGAAGAGCGCGAUAUUAAAUGGUACAAAUGCCAGAUAUGUUCGUACAAAAGCAAGUUCAACCAUCAGGUGAAGCAGCACAUGAAGGUACAACAUUUGGAUAAACAGGACGUUAAAUGGUACGGGUGCCAGAAGUGUCCGUACAAAACCAAAGACAACGCGGCGUUGUACCAGCAUAUGGUUGCGCACCAGUUGAAUGAAGAGGACUGUAAAUGGUACGAGUGUAAAAUGUGCCCUUACACCACCAAGUACAACGCGACUUUGAAAACCCAUAUUAAUGUACACCAUUUGGACGAAAAGGACGUUAAAUGGUACCAGUGUGAGAAGUGUCAGUAUAAGUGUAAAGAUAACUCAGGCUUGAGGCACCACAUUAUCGUGUACCAUUCAGAUAAGUGGUACGAAUGUAAAGAGUGCCCCUAUAAAGCUAAAACGAGCUCUCAAUUGCGCAGGCACAUAAUUGCGAGACAUUUAGAUGAACAGGACAUUAAAUGGUACCAGUGUGAAAAGUGUUCCUACAAGUCUAAAGAAUAUUAUCACUUGAAAAGACACAUAAAAGCGCGACAUUUAAAUGAGGAUGAAACUACGACUGCACGAAGUGUUCAUAUUUAAGUAGUCAUUAGUUUUUGUGAUUUUCAAUAAAAACGUAAUUGUCGUACGAGUCGCCACUGGUCA